AUGGCUUCCUCCGCGCGAGCCAUGACGGCCCUUUCCAGGGUCAGCCACAUGGCACCCAGCAGUCGCAUCGCAGCUCGCGCCCUCUCGACUGUUUCCAAGACCUCUGCUCGACCUUCUGUCGCCAUGAGACUGAACAACACUGGCCGCAUUGCCUUCCGAAGGGCUUACGCUGACGAAGCCCCCAAGCCCAGACCUGGCAAGAUUCGACGAACCCUGCGAUGGACAUGGAGAAUUACAUACCUCUCCUUCGGUGCUCUCGUCGGUUACACAUGCUACGUUAUCUACGAUGACCGUCACCCUCAAGAGCAGUUCCAGCCUGACCCCUCCAAGAAGACUCUUGUCGUUCUCGGAUCCGGAUGGGGCUCUGUUGGUCUCCUGAAGAACCUCGAUACCGAGAACUACAACGUCAUCGUUGUCUCUCCCCGCAACUACUUCCUCUUCACCCCUCUCCUGCCUUCAUGCACAACCGGUCUCAUCGAGCACCGCUCUAUCAUGGAGCCUGUUCGCACCAUCCUCCGCCACAAGAAGGGUGCUGUCAAGUACUACGAAGCUGAGGCUUCCUCCGUGGACCCUGACCGCAAGAUUAUCAAGAUCAAGGACAACACCGAAGGCAAGGGCCCCCAGUCCGAGACCGAGAUUCCUUACGACAUGCUUGUCAUCGGUGUCGGUGCUGAGAAUGCUACUUUCGGUAUUCCUGGUGUCCGCGAGAACAGCUGCUUUCUCAAGGAGAUUGGCGACGCCCAGCUGAUCCGCAAGAAGAUUAUGGACUGUGUUGAGCGAGCUUCCUUCAAGGGCCAGUCCCAGGAGGAGAUCGACCGCCUCAUGCACAUGGUCGUUGUUGGUGGUGGUCCCACCGGUGUCGAGUUCGCUGGAGAGCUCCGCGAUUUCUUCGAGGAGGAUAUCAAGAAGCUGAUCCCCGAUAUCAGCCACCGCUUCAAGGUCACCCUUAUCGAGGCUCUUCCCAACGUUCUCCCCUCUUUCUCCAAGCAGCUUAUUGAGUACACCGAGAACACAAUGCGUGAGGAGAACAUCGACAUCAAGCUCAAGACCAUGGUCAAGAAGGUGACAGAGGACUUUGUCGAGGCUGAGUUCGCUGGUCCCGAUGGCAGCAAGCAGACUCUCCGCAUUCCUUACGGUCUGCUUGUCUGGGCUACCGGUAACGCUGUCCGACCCAUCGUCCGUGAUCUUAUGGGCAAGGUCCCCGCUCAGAAGGACUCCCGCCGCGGUCUUGCCGUCAACGAGUACCUCGUCGUUCAGGGAACUCGCGACAUCUGGGCCGUCGGUGACUGCGCUGUUGCCGGCUACGCCCCCACCGCCCAGGUCGCUUCCCAGGAGGGUUCUUUCUUGGCCCGUCUGUUCAACAACAUGGCCAAGACUGAUACCCAGGAGGAGCGUAUCAAGGAGCUUAGCAGCAGCCUGAACCUCAAGCAGGGCAACUCUGCCGAGAUCGCCGCUGAGAUUGAGUCUCUGGAGAAGCAGCUCCGCCGUAUCAAGGACGUCAAGCCCUUCCGAUACUCCCACCAGGGUUCUUUGGCCUACAUUGGUAGCGAGAAGGCUGUUGCCGAUGUUCCUUGGUUCAACGGCAACAUUGCCAGCGGUGGUGGUUUGACCUACCUGUUCUGGCGAAGUGCUUACCUUUCCAUGUGCUUCAGCACCCGAAACCGUGUUUUGGUCGCUGUUGACUGGCUCAAGUCCAAGGCCUUCGGCCGUGAUGUCUCUCGAGAGUAA